AAAAAAGCAAUUUUCACUUCACCGCUUUUUCUUUUCCACCUCAAAUCUCACCCAUUUCUUUCUCUAAGCUUUGUCCAGAGAGUACUACUACUGUCUACUUGUACACUAAUUUCUCUCUUCUCUGCGCAGUAAUGGCUGACUGGGGGCCCGUGCUUAUCGGGGUUGUACUUUUCAUUCUCCUGCAACCAGGGCUGCUAUUUCAGCUCCCCGGAAACAAUCGGCAGGUGGAGUUUGGCAGCAUGAAGACCAAUGGCAAAGCAAUCGCGGUGCACACGCUUAUCUUCUUCGCUCUGUAUGCUAUUCUGAUUCUGGCCGUUCAUGUUCACAUCUAUACAGGAUGAUCCGUUAGCCUUCUCAUGGGCGCAAGAUCCAUGUAAUGUUGCAUAAUUAAGUGGCAUUUCUGUUUGGAGUUCGAUUUCGCUCCUACUUUGCUUCAAUGGAACUCAUGUCUUGUACUGUUGUGGGUUUUCUAAUCAGAAAUGUUAAUUUAAGUUGUGCCUCUGUUUUUCCUA